AUGGGAAUAUUGGACUUGCAUAUUCUGGUAGUAGCAUCUGAUGAUAAGAGAGGAACUGGUGGCAGUAUGGUUGUAGGUGGAUGUGAGGAGGGUGGGGUAGCUAGAGAUGGUAGUUGUUAUAUGUUUUUUGUUGGUGCCAGAGACUUGAAACAAGCAAUAGAGAAGUGUGCUUCAUAUAAUGCCAGUUUAGUGAAUAUUGAGUCUGAAGAAGAAAAUAAUUUCUUGUCCAAUAUUUUAAAAGUUGCAACAGAUGAUCAUGUAUGGUAUACUGGUGGUGUAAGACUUACAGGUGACUGGAAAUGGUAUAAACUUCAUCCAUCAUCUGUGUCAGUGAGAAAAACUAGACGAGGUAGAAGUAGAAACAGUGCGCCACAUUUAUCUAAAGCUGCCUUAUCAUUUGAUAAAUGGUUUCCAG